UUGACGAACAGUUUUAUGGAUGAAGAUGAGGAGCCCAUAAUUGUCUGUUUCAUCUGUCAUGCAAGACUUAUUCGAUGUAGAACAUUACAACAACAGGCUAUUGAGUCAAAUGCAGUUCUGGAGCAGUUGCUUGCAGGAGGGUCCAUGUCAAUACCAAAACCGCAUGAGGUUAGAAAUGUGAUUCAAUUCACACAAAUUAAUCAUAUAGAUAUCUGGCCAGUAGAAUGUGAUAUAGAAAAUGAUCGAAAGGAUGACAUUUUUUGCCUUGAAUCUGUUAAAGUUGAGGAAGAGAAAAUCGAAAAUGAGAAUUUCAAAUUUGAAAUAAACUGGAUUCAUGAAAUAGAUACCGCUGAAAAACAAGAAGACUUGGAGAUUGCUGCUUUUGAAGAUCGACAUAAGAAUUCAGAGAAUGACUUGCCACUUAUUACAUAUGGUUCAAGGGGUAUAACAGAUGACUUUGACAUAGGCCAUACAAUUAUGUUGUUUUAA